AUGUCCGUGUUGUGCCUCCACGGCAAGGGCACCAGCGGCACCAUCUUCAAGUCCCAGACGGCAACCUUCCGCUCUCACCUCAAUGACCUCCACAUCGACUUCGACUUCAUAGACGGCUGCUACCCUUCCACCGCCGCAGCGGGAAUCGACCUCUUCUACCCUGCCCCCUACUACUCCUUCUGGGAAGAACGGGGUCCCUACGAUGCGGUGAUGAUGUUCUCGCAGGGAUGCGCCCUCGGCACCGCGAUGCUCCUCCUCGACCAAGCGCAGGACCCGCGCAGCCUCCGCCGGGUCGGCGCGGUGGAUGGGCGAUGCGUCCGGGGCGGGGCGGUGGAUGAGGAGGAGCUCCGCGGGGAGAUCCGGGGCCCGUUUAAGGUGGGGAUUCCGACGGUGCAUGUUUAUGGGUCUAAGGAUCCGAGGUAUGCGGCUGGGGUGCAACUUUCGGGGAUUUGUGAGCCCGGGAAGAGGAGGGUGUUUGAUCAUGGGGGUGGGCAUGAGAUUCCCCGGACGGAUAGGGUGAGUCGGACGAUUGCGGACUUGGGGCGUGCGUAGGAGGUUUUGAGUGGUAGAUAUAGAUAGUGCAGCGGUGUUGGACACAUAAUGUUUGAUAUUUUUGAUGAUGAGCUUGGCUACUCUUCAUUAUCAAGAGGAUCUGACGCAGUCUCUA